AUGCUGCCGCUGCAGAAGCAGGAUCCAGAAGAUCCUCUGCUGCAUCCAAGGCGCGCAGUAGCAGAAAUUAAACUAGCUAAUGACAUCGACACUAGCAAGGUCGUUGAUGACCAUGUUCUUCCGUCAGAUAAACUCUUGGAUGAUCGUGAGCGUUGCGGGUUCGUCUUCGAGAAGGUGGUGUACGAGAAGGAGAAGGUGGUCGUCACUGGGCCCUUCGACGCCAUCGAGCUCUGCUGCAAGCUCCGGUGCAUGGCCGGCUGUUUCGUGACCAAAAUCGAGAUCGUGCCGCCGCUACCGAAACCGCGACCACCAUCGCCGCCGCCGCUGCCGCCGAUUGAUGACACCGACAAGUGCAAGAAGAAGCCCGACCCCACCCCAUGCGAUAGGCUGAUCCCGUACCCAUAUCCGUACCCGUGCCCUUACCCAUACCCUACGCCGGCGUGUCCGUCCAGCUGCCCUACGCCGCCGCGCCCCUGCCAGUGCCACUCCUGCAAGCCGCCGCCGCCGCCACCAUGCCCACCGCCUCGUCCGGCCUGUCCGCCCCCACCGGUAUGCUGUCCGGUGCCUCCGCCGCCGCCGUGCCCGUGCCCGCCCUGGACGCCGUGCCAGUGCCGCGGCUACAAGCGGGACAAGUGCUACGAGGAUGUCCAACCCUACGGCCCCUGCGCUGUCAUGUGA